AUGGCAGACGAGGCUUUGCGGGAAGGGGAGGAGCGAUGGGAGAGAGAGGAUGCCAUCCUGGUGGUGGAGCUGGUCCUAGUGGUGGGUGACCUAAGGUUGGUGCUGCAACUGGCCUUGUUGGAGGGGCAGGACGGAGAGGACGAGGAGGACACGGAGGAGGCCGCGGAGGAGGUAGACGAGGCUGACACGGAGGAGGAAGACGAGGCUAGGGAGGUUGAGGAUGCUGAGGAGGCUGAGCAGGAGCCAAGGGAGGAGGAAGAGAAGCCCGAGGAAGAGGAGGAGGUGGAGGGGCCUGAGGAGGCUGAGCAAGAGGAGGGGGAGGAACAGGCUGAGGUGCAGGCUGUUGUGGAAGAGGCUGAGGUGGAGGAGGCUAAGGAGGAGCAUGUUGGAGAGGAGGUGGCUGAGGCAGAGGAGGCUGGGGAGUGCGAGGAGCCUGAGGAGGGAGAGGAGGCUCAAGAGGCUGAGGAGGAGGCUGAGCACGAGGACCAGAGGGAGGAGGGCCAGAAGGAGGAAGAAGGGGCGCAGGAGCUGCAGGAGAAGCAGAAAGGGGAAGAACAGCCAGAGGGGCGGCGGGGUCCGAUCCCGUUCCCGCUCGAGGCUCUAGAGGCCUUGCAGUCAGAGCUGGAGCCCGAGAAUAAACAAGCCAGCAGGUCCUCCUCUCGGCUCAGACUGAGCUAUUGUCGGAGGCGGCAGCGUCACCUGGAACACCGAAGCGCCCUUAUCCGGGGCAUCCCUGGCUUCUGGGCCAAGGCUUUUGUGAACCACCCCCAGAUGUCAGCCGUGAUCAGUAAGGAAGAUGAAGGCCUCCUUGGCUACAUGACGGAUUUGAAGGUGGAGGAUCUCAGGUUUCCCCGUGAUUGCCGCCAGAUCCUGCUCUUCUUUCGCAAGAACCCCUACUUCCGGAAUGAAGUCGUUGUGAAGGAGUAUGUCCUCAGCGCUGCUGGGUACGGGCCUUCUCAUUCCACUCCCAUCCAGUGGCACCAGGAUUAUGAACAGGAGGCCUACAGUCGCAGGGACCACAACACCAGUCUUAACUUCUUCAACUGGUUCUCUGACCCCAGCUUUGCCAGCUCUAGCAGGAUAGCCGAGAUCAUCAUGGACGACCUGUGGCCCAACCCCCUGCAGUACUACAUGAGAUAGAAGGCCCCAGGAGAGGGAACCGAGAGGAGGACAGGGAGCAUCAAGAAUUUGAGAUGAAUAUGAGGGAGCAUCGCACUUGACCGAAGCCAGUCCAGAAGCUUCAGAUGCUCAGGCCAGUUCCUCUGCGCAGGAAGUAACCGAAGACUGGUGCGGGGGCGAAACAUAGGGCAGAUUGAGGCCCCAGGAGCCCUGGAAAAACACUGAAAGUUGAUAAACAAGUUCAAGUGUGCU